ACGUUCCUCACCUCUACACCCCCCACCCUUUCACGCCUUUCACUCCCUGCACGACCUACGCGGGGCUGGCUAGCUGGGCGUGGCGUGGCGGGCCGAGCGGCUGCCCGACGGGGUCAUGGAGGGGGGCCCGGGGCCAGGGGACGCGGCGAGCGGCGCCAGCGCUGAUGCCGCCCCGGCCAUGACGAAGGAGGAGGCCGCGCCGGUGGCAGUGACGCGGAGCGCCAGCCGGAUACCGCUGCCCACCGGGGAGCACGGGGCACGCAGCGCCACCCACCUGGUGUCGCUGCUGGCCGGGCCGGGGCCGCCUGCGCAGCCCGCGCCCGUGCUGAUGACCCCCGGGGGGCUGGCCGCGCUAGCCGAGGGCGGCUCCAGCCUCGCCUCACCCGCCACAGCCUCCCCCGCCCGCCGCCCAAGCGACCUGCUGCUGGACCAGCGCGACCACGCGCCGCUCGACAUCAGGGACUCGGGUGACUGCGCUCAGAUGGGACCUCCUGCCGUGCAGGGCGCCCCGGGGCUGCGCGCACAAGGAGAUGCGGCCGGGUCCACGGCAGCCGUGCCCCAGCAGCCGGUUCCCUCUGCGCCGCAGGCCAUCCCCGCUCAGCCGCCCACGCCCACGCCCGCCCCACACGCACUCCUUGUACAAGCCGUCUGUAGCCGAAGCCGACUAGCACCAGUAGCUGUACCCUCCGGCGACCUUUCAAAGACGACGGCCGAAUCUCGCGAGCUACCCGCUGCGCCUCCGCAACCCCUGGGCGGCCGCAGUACCUACUUCGACGUGAACGCCUCCGACGUGUACCUCAGCACCACCACGAGCCUCGACCAGGGCCUGGCGCCGCCCGAGGAUGCCAGGGAGGCGCCCCCCUGCGCGCUACCACCGCAGCAAAUUCCGGAGGUGGUCGUGACGGACGCCACGCCGCGCUCAGUGACGCCGCCAGAGGAGGCGGCCCCGCCCGCACCCGCACUGGCGGACACCAUCCUCGAGCCGGCCGGUGCGCCACCGCCACCGCCGCCCACGCCCGCCCAGAGCAGCGCCCAGACCACCCCCGACCGCAAGACCUCGCCCGUGGCGCCCGCUGUCAACAAGAAGGCCACGAAAGCAGCGCCCGCCGUGAAGACAGCGUCGAAGACGGGGGUAACUUCUCCAGCUACAAGUUCACCACUCCCCAAACACAUUUUGGGGCUCAAAUCCGGAGAACAUAAUUCGCAGGGAGUCGUCACCAAAGCCUCCGCCACUCGGCGACUGCCCGCCGCGACCAGGCUGUCCACCGCCCGCCUGGGCGGGUCGACGGGCAGCGUGGGGGCCGUGGGGGCCGCGGGCGCCAAGGACGACGCGAGCGUGACGCUCAUCAAGGCGCCGCCCCGGGCGGCCACGCGCCCCGCCUCGGCGCGCAGCGUGCGCAGCGCCACCACCACGGGCACCGUGACGACCGAGGCCACGACGGGUGCGCGGGGCGGCGCCGUCCCCGCCAAAAGGGCCGCGCAGGCGUCGGCCCCAGCGAGGGCGAGCCCCGGAGCCGCCGCCAAGAGCGCCUCAGCCACGGUGAACAGGAAGGCCUCCGUCACGACGAGGGACUCAGUGCCAGUGCCACGACUUGAGCUGUCCGCCGUCCGACCCAAGUCCACCCAGGGUCCGCACUCGGCCCGGGGCAAGCCGUCCAGGGAGCUGAGUUCUCUGAGUGCCAGCGGCGGAGGGAGCGGCGCCCCGCACCCCAAGGUGGACGUCAAAGCGAGCGGAGCGCAGCUCGAAGCCAGGCCAGAGCUGACGCCCGCCCCCAACAAGUCCGUCACGGUGCACCGUCCGCACCCAAGGGCCUCCAAGGACGCCCUGCUGGCCAGCGGUGCCGGCGAGGACAUCGCGGUGGUGAAGAGCAUCGAUGCCUCCCAGGAAGUCUGGCCUACCUGCAUGAGCCGCCUUGACGAGGAGCUCAAGUGCAUGACGGCGCCGUACCUGGUGCUGGUGGCGGAGCUGGCAUCGCGGCACGGCGUACUCCUGGACGUCAUCAAGGACAAGGACCCGGUGACGCACGCGGAGGAGGCCCAGUUCGCUGUGACCCUAGCUCACCGCCAGGCUGAAGCACUGCGGGUACGGGAGAAGUACAUUGGCAGGGUGACCGAAUGGGAAUCUAGGGUCAUUUAACCCGCAUCGUAAAAUAAGGUAACUUUUUGCCAUACAAGUGAACGCUUAAUUAUUUUUCAAAAUCGGACAUAUGAUCUCAACUAGUCUCACUACGAAGUGAACGGCGGCACUUUUGUUCUUCAAAGAUUUCUUGACCGGUCAGAAAGUAAAGCUGGGUUCAAACCCCGUUGAACCAUAGAUACCUGAUGACGUGGCGUGAUGUGCUGCGGCUGUAUGAGCCGUUCGCCUCCCAACCUCCCUCUGGCGUCGGCUGCGCAGCAACUGAUCACGAUUCACGAU